AUGGUGGUAGAAAAAUCAAACCAAUUAGAAGAGUUCAAUAAUUUAAGUUCAGAGAAAAUAGCUGAAGUGAAAGCUUUUGAUGAUUCAAAAGAAGGUGUCAAAGGUUUGGUGGAGGCUGGGGUGUCAAAGAUCCCACGCAUUUUUCACAGUGGGAAGCUGAACAUCGAUGAAAGCUCGGCUACAGACAUCAGGUUUAGUGUUCCCAUUAUUGAUCUUAAAGACAUACACAACAAUCCAGCUAGGCGGGUAGAGGUGAUUAGCGAAAUUCAAAAGGCAUGCUAUGAAUGGGGUUUUUUUCAGGUGAUUAAUCAUGGAAUUCCCGUUAUUAUCUUAGAUGGAAUGAUUGAGGGAGUUCGUAGGUUUCACGAACAAAAUCCUGAUGUAAGGAGAGAGUUUUACACACGUGAUACAAGUAAAAAAGUUAAGUAUUUCUCAAACGGAUCACCUUUUAGUGGCCAACCUACAAAUUGGAGAGAUUCAUUCGGUGUUACUGUUUCUCCUGAUCCAUUCAAACCAGAAGAUAUACCAUUAUUAUGCAGAGAUAUUGUGAUUGAGUAUUCCCAAAAAAUUAAUGAUUUGGGUUUCACUAUGUUUGAGUUGUUGUCAGAGGCACUAGGACUCAACCCUUCUUUCCUCAAAGAGUUUAAUUGUGCGGAAGGACACUCUAUUCAGGGUCAUUACUAUCCACCGUGCCCUGAACCCGAACUGACUUUGGGUGCUUCUAGUCACACUGAUGCUGACUUCAUCACAUUACUUCUACAAGACCAUAUUGGUGGUCUUCAAGUUCUUCAUGAGGGUAAAUGGGUCAAUGUUCCUCCAAUUCACGGAGCACUUGUUGUAAACAUAGGAGAUCUUCUACAACUUAUCUCAAAUGACAGGUUUGUAAGUGUUUAUCAUCGAGUCUUAUCAAAGAAAGAAGGCCCAAGAAUUUCUGUUGCAAGUUUCUUUGUGAAUUCGCCUCACCCAAGUGAAGGUGAAUUAAAGAUUUACGGUCCUCUUAAGGAAUUAAUUUCAGAAAAAACCCCACGGAUUUAUAAAGACAUUAGUAUAAAAGAAUUUUUGGCACAUUAUUAUACAAAAGGCCUCGAUGGAAAUUCUUCCUUGGAACCCUUCAAGGUUUGA